AAAAGGAUAAGUUGUAUAAUUAUAAUAAUGUAAAUAGAAAGAAAAGAUCAUAGUAAAUUAGCAAUAAUAGGGAAUGUAGAUUCUGGUAAAUCAACAUUAGUAGGUGUUUUGACAAAAGGACUUUUAGAUGAUGGAAGAGGUGGAGCAAGAGAAGUAUAAGUAUAAAUUAAUUGUAGCGUGUCUUUAAUUAUAAGCAUGAGAAAGAGAAUGGUAGAACCUCAUCUAUUGCAUAAGAAAUUAUGGGGUUUGAUGAAAAUUAGAAAUAAGUAUUACCUGAGAGAUUCAAUCAAAAUAAAAAUAAAUAUUGGAGUUAAAUUGUUGAGAAGAGUCAGAAGAUAGUUACAUUCUUAGAUUUAUGUGGUCAUGAGAAAUAUUUAAAAACAACAAUAUUUGGUUUAGUAGCAAUGGUUCCUGAUUAUUCAUUAAUAAUAGUAGGAGCAAAUAUGGGUGUUUCAAAAAUGACCAAAGAACAUCUAGGAGUAAGUAUGUUCUUGGGAAUACCAUUUGCUAUUGUGUUAACUAAAAUUGAUAUAGCCCCUGAAAAUGUUUACAAUGACACUCUUGAACAUGUAAAAUAAUUGAUAAAGAGUCCUGCCAUUAAAAGAACUGCUGUUUUAUUUGAUGAAAAUUCUGAAAUGAAGGAAAUAGAUAAAUGGGCAGAAUUAAUGCAUGGAAAUAAUGUUGUACCCAUAUUUCAAGUUUCAAGUGUUACAGGAAUUGGAUUAUAAUAAUUGAAUAGAUUUAUAAGCAGAGUUCCAAAUAGAGUUAAAUUAAAUAAAGCUUAUUAAACUAUCAAUGAUCCAAUGCAAUUUGACAUUUAAGAAAAUUUCAAUGUACCAGGAGUUGGAAAUGUAGUAAGUGGUAUAAUUAGAAGUGGAAAAGCAGUUGUAAACUAGCAUGUACUUUUAGGUCCAGAUAAAAAUAAAUGUAUUUAAAUAAAUCAUUAAUAUAGAAUUCAAACCUGUGACAAUUAAAUCAAUUCACAUCAAUAGAAUGUUAGUUGAUUCUGCUUAAGUUGGAGAAUUUGCUUGUUUCUCUCUUAAACCAUCUAAGGCUGGUGAUAAAUUAGAAAGGGCUGACUUCAGAAAGGGAAUGAUUCUUAUUGAUCCUGCUCUUAAACCAGAACCUGUAGUUGAAUUUGAAGUAUUUCAUUUAAAUCUAAAUUAGGCAAACAUCCAUAUACUUCAUCAUCCAACUACGAUGAGUAAAGGAUAUCAAGCAGUCAUGCAUUGUGGUGUUGUUAGAUAGGCAGUUGAAAUCAAAAGCAUAUUUGGACAUGAAAUCUUAAGAACUGGAGAUAUUGAUACUGUUAGGUAUAUUUAAUUUUAAUCUUUAGACUCAAAUUCUUAUAUGCAGCUGAAUAUUUAAAAACAGACCAAAUCCUAGUAAUAAGGGAAGGAAGAACUAAAAUAUUUGGAUUCAUUUCAAAAUUAAUUACAGAAAAAUAAUUAGACGAUGAGAAAAGGGUCAUUAUACAAUAAUAAAUUUGAUUGCAU